CGGGGCGUGCCCACGUGACCGCCCCGCCCGCCGUCGGCCAGGCCGCAGCUCCCGGCGUGCUCCUCAGUCGCCGCUGCCCGCCGCCCCGCCUUCUCCGCCCAGCGCCUCAGAGCCGGAUCCCCAGCCGCCGCCGCAGCCACCGUCGCGGGCACGAUGGCUUCUGGAGUUACAGUGAAUGAUGAAGUCAUCAAAGUUUUUAAUGAUAUGAAAGUAAGGAAAUCUUCUACACAAGAGGAGAUUAAAAAAAGGAAGAAAGCAGUUCUCUUCUGUUUAAGCGAUGACAAAAGACAAAUAAUUGUAGAGGAAGCAAAGCAGAUCUUGGUGGGUGAUAUUGGUGAUACUGUAGAGGACCCCUACACAUCUUUUGUGAAGUUGCUACCUCUGAAUGAUUGCCGAUAUGCUUUGUACGAUGCCACAUACGAAACAAAAGAGUCUAAGAAGGAAGACCUAGUAUUUAUAUUCUGGGCUCCUGAAAGUGCACCUUUAAAAAGCAAGAUGAUUUAUGCUAGCUCUAAAGAUGCCAUUAAAAAGAAAUUUACAGGUAUUAAGCAUGAGUGGCAAGUAAAUGGCUUGGAUGAUAUAAAGGACCGUUCGACGCUUGGAGAUAAAUUGGGAGGCAAUGUAGUAGUUUCACUUGAAGGAAAACCCUUAUAAAGUGACAGUCAAGUGCCAUCUGGAUCUUAAGGAGCUUCCAUUUCUGCAGCUCAAUUAAUUGGAAUAGUGUUAGGUUUUCAGUUUUUUUUUUUUUCCUCCUCUUCCCACUGGCUCCUUCUAACAAUGAAUGGAGGAAAUACCAUUCAUGUAAGCAGUCUUAUCAGUGAUUGCCAUUAGACUGUUUAAUACCGUUAACUUUUAUGUAGAAUCCAAGGAAUGCCUUCCCAUUGUAUUUUAGCCAAAACAACUGGUUAUAGCCUCCCUUGCAGCAAGCACUAUAAUGAAUGUGAUUGUCAAUGUGAAUAGCUUAGAAUACUGCAAAGGGUAAGAUAAUUGAAUGCCUUGAAAGUAUUAUCCACUGGUCAGAUGGUAAACUUUAUUCAGUAUUAUUUAUAGUUGCACUUGAUUGCAGUUCUGUGAGGCUCAGAGCAUUCAUACACCUCACCUGCCUUGGCAAGCCUAUUUUUGUGACUUGGCAACACAGAUAUAACACUAUGCAUUGAAAGCACUUUUUUAUAAUAAGUUCAUCAUCCACCCCCAAAAGGAAUGCCAAUUAAGUUGUUUGUCAAAUCAACUCAUCCUAGUACCUCAGUGUUCAUUCCUGUUACCUGUAUAUCUUCUUAAAAGAAAUAGCUGUUACUAAUACCUUUUUUUCCAUUGAGUGUACACUACUGAGUAAGUGUAGGAGCUUACAUUUACCAUGUUAAGUCUUGCAACACUACAGAUAUUUUGAAUAUCAGUCAUGAUGGCAAUUUCUGUAUAAAAGAGCCUUAAAUGGGACAUUGUUUUUGAGAUCAAACUCCCUACCCUCACAAAAAUGGCCACGUUGCAAUAAAAAUUGUGGCAUAUUACAGAAUGUUGCCUUGUUUUCCUUGGACAUUUUACAAAAGGCUAUGUGAAGCAACUUCUAAGGUAAAUCACUAUUCUCUGCACUGGUCAUUUAAGAGUUUUUUGUAUAACAUUCAUGUGUGAUACUUUCCAAUUUAUUUGGUUUAAAAAAUAUUUUAAAGCCAACUAAUAUAAAAUAUUAUUAUAAAGGGG